CUAUUAAAGGCAGAGAAGUUCCUAUAAAAACCCACAAGUGGCGGUUUGACUUGUUUACUGCAUGCUGGCUUGCAGGCAGUUAUUCCAGGUAUUAUCUUUGCAGAAAAGAAAACUAAGUAGAAGAUCAUGGCGAGUUCCAACUGGGGAUAUGACGACAAAAACGGUCCUGAACAAUGGGGCAAGCUGUAUCCCAUUGCAAAUGGAAAUAAGCAAUCUCCCAUUGAUAUUAAAACGAGCGAAACGAAACAUGACACCUCUCUUAAACCUAUCAGUAUCUCCUAUGAUCCAGCCACAGCCAAAGAAAUUAUCAACGUGGGGCAUUCUUUCCAUGUAAACUAUGAGGACAAUGAUAACCGAUCAGUGCUGAGAGGUGGUCCUCUUUCUGAAACCUAUAGGCUCUGUCAGUUCCAUUUUCACUGGGGCAGCACAAAUGACUAUGGUUCUGAACAUACAGUGGAUGGAGUCAAAUAUUCUGGAGAGCUUCACCUAGUUCACUGGAAUUCUGCAAAGUACUCCAGCUUUAAUGAAGCUAUCUCACAGGCUGAUGGUUUGGCAAUUAUCGGUGUUUUGAUGAAGGUUGAUCGGGCCAACCCAAGACUGCAGAAAGUACUUGAUGCCCUAAACGCAGUUAAAACCAAGAACAAACGAGCCCCAUUCACAAAUUUUGACCCAUCUACUCUCCUUCCUUCAUCCCUGGAUUAUUGGACCUACUCUGGCUCUCUGACUCAUCCUCCCCUUUAUGAGAGUGUGACCUGGAUCAUCUGCAAGGACAGCAUCAGUAUCAGCCCAGAGCAGCUGGCACAGUUCCGAAGCCUUCUAUCAACUGUUGAAGGUGACAAAGCUGUCCCCAUUCAUCACAACAACCGGCCACCCCAGCCUCUGAACAGCAGAGUAGUGAGAGCUUCAUUCUGAUGGGACCAGGAAGGAACUUCUUACUCCAGGAACACUGCCCUGCUUCGGACAUAACCCAGUAAAGCAGUUUUUAAGAAACGCAUUCAUUUCAAUACUAGCAAGGCAGCAUAGCUGCAAAUUCAAUCUGUAGAGCAAAGUUUUAAUUUUUAUUCUUAAUGUUUAAUUCAAAUAAUAAUCCAUAAGCUUGUAAAACUUGUCCUUAAAUUCAAGUUUAUUUUUGUGAAAUUCUUUAUAAUUGCAAUUAAAUUAUACUAAAUAAUUUCUUAGUGAUUUGUAUCUGUUUCCA